GAUUUCUUUUACCAACUCAAUUCAACCAUCAUGGUAUUUUCCAAUCUAUUGCGCAGAGGCCUCUCUGUCUUUGCUGCUACUAUCUAUAUGAUACCCACAGCAUCAGGUGCCGCCAAUAAUUUAACCCUCGUCUCUAAUUUUGGCUACAAUCCCUCAAAUGUAUCAAUGUAUCUCUAUGUCCCAACCAAACUCGCUCCCAAUCCCCCCGUAUUCGUCAAUCCACAUUGGUGCCAUGGAACAGCCCAAGCUGCGUUCUCCGGCACCCAAUUCGCCACCCUAGCCGAUACUUACGGCUACAUAAUGAUUUUCCCCAACUCUCCCAAUGCCGCAGAUCAAUGCUGGGAUGUUUCUUCCACCGCGUCACUGAGCCACAAUGGCGGAGGAGAUUCUUUGGCUAUUGUAAAUAUGGUUAAAUAUGUACUCACGACCUACAAAGCCGAUCCCAAUCGCGUGUUUUCGAUGGGCACUUCGUCGGGAGCAAUGAUGACGAAUGUACUAUUGGGUGUUUAUCCUGACAUCUUCGCUGCUGGCUCUGCAUGGGCCGGUGUAGCAAUGGGAUGUUUUGCCGCAAAUAGCAGCGCGGUGGAUGCUUGGUCCAAUGACUGCGCUACCGGCCAAAUCAUCAAGUCAGGCGCGCAAUGGAAGAGUAUUGUACAGGCUGCGUAUCCGGGCUACACGGGUUUUAGACCAAAGAUGUGGGUGUUGCAUGGUACAGAUGACACGACGCUUUAUCCACAGAAUUUGCAGGAGGAAAUCAAAGAGUGGACGACAGUAUUAGGUCAAUCUAGUACUCCUCUCACGACGAGACUGAACUGGCCGGAUGCGAACUGGACGACGUGGGAUUAUGGGUCGAAAUUUAGAGCGACGAGCGCGAAGGGGGUGACGCAUAAUAUUCCGACGAAUGAAAGUGUUGUGAUUGAUUAUUUUGAUUUGAAGUGUCAGGGUGCUUCGUGUUACUCGAGAGUCACGGCGGAAGCUACGGUGGGAAUGUAUGGGCAGUGUGGUGGGUCGGGGUAUCAUGGAUCUACGCAGUGUGUGGAAGGAGCUUAUUGUAAGAGUGGGAAUAGCUAUUACUCGCAAUGUUUACCGAUUUAAGGAAAGGAGUAAGAGAAAUGAAGAGCUCGGAAAGAAAAGCAGUGGAUUCACUUGAGUAGCGUUGGCGAAUAGGUUAUGAAAGACCGACAGCAUGCACUGAAAGACUCUUUUUGUAGGGAAAAAUGUUUCCAUUAAUCGUGCUUGCUAAAAUCAAAUGAAGGGACGAAAUCAAAAUUAUGAAGUAUUUUGUAGCUCCAGAACAUCAGCCUUACUACAAGGCAAUUUUGCCCAAACCACCCGCUUUGAACA